AUGAAUUUUAUCGGUCAUAUGUUCACAAAGAGACGGAAAAUGGAUGAAAAAUAUCAACAACCAGGUUCUUCCCGCUUUAGAAAUUAUGCACCACGUGGUAAUAGGCAUCAGUCUAAAGCAGGAUCAAACAACUUAAACAACAAUAAAAGGAAAGAGUCACAAUUUAACAUUCAAGCGCAACCAUCGUUUGUUCAUCCUUCAGGGAACACUGAUUCAGGCGCACAACCGUCACCUAGAAAUAUUAAGAAUGUAAGAUCAAGGAGGCCCACCGGCCAUAGAACAAACGAAGAUCAGUCUCAAAAUUAUAGGAACAAGAUGGGCUUUCUAAUGUUGGAGCAAUUAGCCAAUUCAGAUACAAAAGACAUUCUUACAAAUUUGAACCAAAAAAAAGUAGCAUUUUUUAAUCUCUUAGAGUCGCCUAUUGAUCGUCCAGAUGUAUUUAUAUUGAUAAUGAAUCUGAUAUCGAAGAUAUGUAAUUCAUCAUUUGAUCAAAUAAAGUUAAAGUUUCUUUUGGAGAUAUCUAAUUCACCAUUCAUCGCAUAUUUGCGAAACUAUUUGAUGGAUCUUCCAUAUGCUGAAAAUAAAGCAACUAACAAAUUGUACUGGAAAAAUGAAACUGAAUUUUGGAAGAAUUUUAUUACGUUUUGUGAAUGUAUCACUUUAGUAUCUCCGUCGACAGCAUUGAACAAAUGCAGAUCUCUUAUCGAGGCGAGUUCGAAAUGCUGCUUAGAUGGACUUAAAGAUAGACAUAAUUUUGAAUUACCUGAAGCAGAGCAGUACAAAUUGACCAAGUUACGAGAGACGCUAAAGGCUUGUGAAGAAGAAAAAAAUAAUGUUGAAAAACAAAAUCGCAAACGUCCCAAUGCGAAUGAGGAACACGAGCCUCCCGAAAAUUUCAGGGAGCUAAGUAUAAUACCGAGACGCGAAGAUUUGAUCAACACCCAGCCAUUUCUUCGAGCUAAUAUUGUAAAGGGUUGUUAUCGAGAUGUAGAACACUAUCUUGACGUACAGUUCAGGUUACUUCGAGAAGAUUGUUUUGGACCUCUCCGUGAUGGAAUAAUUCAAUAUAUACAACACCCCACAAAACAUAAAUAUGAUAAUAUAAGGGUGUUUCGUAACGUGACUUUCGUAGGGCCUUACGUUUCAAAACAGAAAAUUGGCUCAAUUAUAGAGCUUGACGAAAGUACUAAAAAAAAAUUUAAAAAAAUUAGAUGGUCUCAUAACAAGAGAUUUAUUUUUGGCUCGCUAGUAUUAUUAACAAAAGAUAAUUGCAAUUCAUUUAUUGUGGGAACGAUAUUGGAUAGAGAUGAGAAGUAUUUAAACGAUGGAAAGAUACCGAUAUCGAUUGUGGACAUAGUUAUUGGAGAAGAAUUAUACAACGGUGAUCGUUAUACUAUGAUUGAAAGUGACGUAUAUUAUGAACCAUAUCAUCAUGUUCUUAAGGCUUUGCAAGAUCCUACCUUUCCGCAACAUAUUGCUAUGAAGAAAUACAUAGUUGAUGUGGACCCAGAACCUACUUAUCCCUCGUAUGUAAAUGAAGAUACGAUAUUCCGGACGGAUAGACUAUCAUUAGAUUUAUUGCACGAGCCAGUUUCGUUCACAGUAAAGGACUUAACUACAUGGCCUACAAGUAAUGAAUUGGAAUUAAAUGACAGUCAGUAUGAAGCUUACAAAACGGCUCUAACUCACGAGUUUGCGGUAAUCCAGGGGCCUCCAGGAACAGGAAAAACCUAUUUAGGAGUAAAAGUAGCCAAAACAUUACUGGAGAGCAUAUCUCGUGUCGGAUGUACGCUUCUACUUGUAUGUUACACGAAUCACGCCUUAGAUCAAUUCUUGGAAGAAAUAUCAAAAAAAACUAACUCUAUUGUUCGCAUUGGAGGUCAAUCUAAGAAUGAAGUAAUGGAAAAAUAUAAUUUAAACACUUUAAGAAAAAACAAUGUACUACCCCGAGCAACGUCCAGGCUAUAUAUGGAAGAAAGGCAAAAUUUAAGGAAUUUGGUAUUACAACUACAAAGAGCUCAAGAACAAAUGGAUUCCAUUCUCCAUUAUAUUUUGAGUUACAGUUGUAUGAAAAGAUAUGUUCCGCAACUUAGUGAAAUUGCUGAUAAAUAUAAAAGAAUCAUUCAAAGUGGAAAAGACCCUUUAUGUUAUUGGUUAUUCGAAUAUUUAGAAUAUGACCUCGACGAACCAAUUUUACUUGAUCAAUCACAAAAUGUUGAAAACGUAGAAAAUAUUAAUUUAAAUAUAGACGAUGAUGGUGAUAAUCAAGCUCCAGUAUUAUUAGAUGAUUUAGAAAUAAACUUUGACGAGGAUGUCGAAGGGGAUUAUACUGAAGCAUUUUCAAUCAAAGAAGCUGAAGGGAAAUUAAAACGUUUGAUUCCGUGUUACAUUCGCAGUAACGAUCCAAAGGAAAAGCAUGACCUACGUUUAGAAAUCGCUGUUCUUAGGGGACGAAUAAGAUUGUUUAACCAAAUGAAAAGUCUCUACCUUCUAGAGCACCGAGAAUAUCCAGCUAAUAUAGAAAAUUUCUCAAAUUUACCACAAGUCGAUCGUUGGAUGUUGUAUUUCAGUUGGACAAAAUUUGUAAUAAAUGGCCUCAAAGACGAAAUCAAACCAUUAAAGGAAGCCCUGGCAACUGCUAAUUCAGCAUAUGAAGAGGCUAGAAUGAUUAUGGAUAUAGAGUUGUUGAAAAAUAUAAAAGUCGUGGGUAUGACUACCAGUGGGGCUGCUAGGCUGAGAAAAUUACUUCAGGCUUUAGCCCCUCCUAUUGUUAUUGUGGAGGAGGCUGCAGAAGUGUUGGAACAGCACAUUGUUACGUCUCUUACAAAAAACUGUCAACAUGUAAUUCUAAUAGGGGAUCAUCAGCAGCUUAGACCGUCGGCGGCAUACAUGCGUUUAGCAAAGGCUUUUAAUAUAGAAGUAUCAUUGUUCGAGCGUAUGAUAAUGAACUCCAUGCACAGCCGGCGCCUCGCGGUGCAACACCGCAUGCGCCCUCAGAUCGCGGCGCUGAUCUCCCCACACAUUUACCCGGAUUUGAUUAAUCACCCGUCGGUAAACCAUUUCCCCGACGUACGCGGCAUCACAGCUAAUCUUUUCUUCUUCACUCACACUUACAAAGAAGAGUAUGUAGAAGACGGUACUAGUAAAACAAACCAAAAAGAAGGAGAUCUCAUUCUUCGUUUGGCAAACUACAUAAUGCAGCAAGGUUACGAACCUGAAGAUGUCACAAUUUUAGCGGCGUAUUCUGGCCAAAUGUUUUAUAUGAGAAAAGAAAGGCCGAACUACGCGUUUUUAUCAAAAGUAAAAAUUACGGUAGUUGACAACUAUCAGGGCGAAGAGUCGAAAAUAAUAUUACUAUCCCUUGUGAGGAAUAACGAUCAAAAUAAAAUUGGAUUUUUGGGGACACCAAAUCGUAUUUGUGUUGCGCUAUCCAGAGCUCGAGAAGGCUUUUAUAUAUUUGGUAACAUCGAUAUGUUAAAGAAAAACUCAGAACUGUGGACUAAAAUCGCCGGUACCUUAGAGAACCAAGGAGCUCUCGGAUCAAGCAUACGACUCAAAUGUGAAAACCAUGCUGGUCAAAUAACAAAUAUUUCAUCGUCAGUAGACUUUGAAAAAGUACCCGAAGGUGGCUGUCUUUUAAAAUGUAACUAUACCCUGCCAUGCCUCCACUUGUGCCCACUUGUAUGUCACGGCUACGACAGAGGGCAUUCCAAAUAUAAAUGUCCAUUUAAAUGUGAGAGGAUUAUCUGUGAUCUUUCUCAUGUAUGUCCAUUAAAGUGCCAUGAAGCAUGUAAACCAUGUAGGCGAUUGGUCGAGAAAAAAUUGCCAUGUGGGCACAAGAAGAAUGUGUUCUGUCACCUGGACCCGGAUUCUGCAACAAUAACGUGCCUAACCCUGGUUUCAGCAAAGCUGCCUAGUUGUGGACAUGAGAUAAAGAAGCCCUGUUACGUAGACAUGAACAAAGUAUCGUGUCCAGUGCCGUGCGAGUUCCGCGUGGAGCGCUGCGGACACAUGUGCGUGCGCAAGUGCCAUGUCAACGACGACCCCGAUCAUGAAAAAUACCUAUGCCAAAAACCCUGCAUAAAACGUAAAAACAAAUGCACUGCGAAUGCGGAAGACGAACUAGGGAAUCACCAGUGCAACAAAAGAUGUUAUGAAACAUGCGAUGACUGCAAUGUUCAAGUUAUAAAAAAAAGAGAAUCAUGCAAACACAAAGAGCGUGUGGCUUGUUCCGAAAAUCCAGAUAAGAAGCCUUGUCUUAAGAAAUGUGCGAGGAAGCUGGCUGAAUGCGAGCAUUUCUGCAAGAAAAAAUGCUUCGAAACCUGUGGAGAUUGCAAUGAAAAGGUAGUGAAAAAGAUCCCAGAAUGUGGACAUGAAAUCAAAGUGGAGUGUAGAAUUCAAGCCACCAAAGCGCUAUGUGCAAAAAUGUGUGAACGAACACUAUCGUGUGGUCACCCCUGCCGCCAGCCUUGUAAUCAGCCCUGCGAUGAAAAGAAAUGCACUGAACUGAUUCCUAACCUUUUUGAUUCUCCGUGUGGCCAUAAAGUAAAACUUCCUUGUAAUGCUCAUUCUGCAAAUUCUCAAAGAUUAUUGAAGCCGUUGGAGGUGAUGCAGCACUGCCGGGCGGCGUGCGGCGCCGAGCUGGCGUGCGGGCACGCGUGCGCCGGCGACUGCGCGCGCUGCCGCCGCGGCCGCCUGCACGCGCCCUGCACCCGCCGUUGCAGUCAAAUCAAUAUCUGCGGACACGACUGCGAGGAGCCUUGCAGCCAGGUAUGUCCACCGUGCAAAAAGAAGUGCGAGAUUCAGUGCGAGCACUCGCGAUGUCCGCGCAGCUGCGGCGCGCCCUGUAUACCGUGUCAGGAACCUUGCACGCGUGCGUGCAGGCACGGGCGCUGCUCGCGGCGCUGCGGCCAGCCGUGCUCGGUGGCGGCGUGCCGCGCGCCGUGCGCCGCGCGCCUCGCCUGCGGCCACGCCUGCCGCGGCCUCUGCGGCGAGCGCUGCCCCGACAUCUGCAACGUCUGCCGACCCGAACAGUUCCCCACCGACUUCCUCGGGGAUCAAUUCGACGACGACGCUCUAUUUGUCGUCUUAAAGGACUGUGGACACGUAAUGGAAUUUGAAACUUUAGAAACUCUGAUGAACAGCGAAAGUGAAUCUAUUUCACUUCGUGCCUGUCCCACUUGUCGCAAGCCAAUUAUUAACACUCAUCGCUACAAAGAUAAAGUGAAUGAACAGUUUAAGACUGAUAUAAAUCCAAUAAAGGAACGCGUCUUUGGAACUGAAAAACAAAUUGCAGCUACCAAGUUACAGCUUACUGAAAAGAUCUUGUCUCUCCGCAAAACAGCUAUAUACAAAGAUAUAUUAUUCUCGGACUGGAAAAAGGCUCAUGAUAAGAUAUUCCCCUAUACAAACAUAAAAAGAAAAAAUUCAUUGUUGCAACUAAAUUUGUACUUCAUAUAUCUUGAUAUACUUGAAUUGCUAUCUGAAGUUUAUAAUAAAUUUACUUCAGCUAAGUUAAACGAGCUGCAGACCGAUCUUAUAGAAGAAAAUUCUGUAAUAUGCAAAGUCCUUAUCAAUAACGUGCAAAAGUUGAGUCAACAGCAACAGGAAGACAUAUCGAAUGAAAUAAAACGUAUGAACUCAAUUGUUCAAUUUUCUAAAAUUCUUAGCCACCCUACAUAUAUAAUUAAUAAGACUAAUGCCGAUGUACAAAAGGCAAUGCAGACCGCGCAUCAGGCCAUUUUGGGGUGGGGCAAAUUCAAUGAAGAUAUUGCUGUUGAAUCUUUGAAGAAUAUGCAAAAAGUUGUAAAACUCACCGGGAUUAUUACAAAACAAGAAAUAGACUUAAUUAUUAGAGCGAUUGGAGCUAAAGCAGGGUCAUGGUAUAAGUGCCCGAACGGCCAUUUCUAUCACAUUGAUAGGUGUGGAGGAGCGAUGGAAGUAGGCAAAUGUAAUGAAUGUAAAGCUUCCAUUGGAGGACGAAACCACACGUUACUUUCAAGUAACAGACAUGCGCCUGAAAUAGAUAAUUCAAGAUAUGCAGCGUGGUCACAAGAGGCUAACAAUAUGGCGAACUUUGAUUUAGAUAAUUUACUU